GGAAAAAUCAUUAUGCGUACUAGUUUUUUUUUCCUCUCAAGUUAGCCUUCUCGAUACUUGCGUUGUUGCACUAAUCGUUGCUGCUUGCUGUGGGAAGGACGGGAAUAUAAUACGUAGAAAAAAAACCUUCGCUAGGGAACAAAGUUGCGUUUCUAGGUGGAAAUUCCUAGAAACGUGCUGUGAAAAUUUUCUUUUAAAGAAUAAAAAUUAAUGUACAAGUGUUCAACAUAUGCUUAUCCGUUAAUCCCCAUCGAUAAAAUUCUUUUCAUUCGAGAGACUCCAUUGUUGGGAAUUGGGAAAUAAGACCGUCCGUCGCACAAAAGAAGAAAGCAUAACGCAACAAAAACAAGAAGAUUGAAAUUUGGUUUUAGCAGUUCAAAAUCCAGAAUAAAAAAAAUUAGUAAACCACAACUCAAGAAAACUGGCACACCCAUACAAACGGAAAUAUCAAGACUGAAAUCCUCAGCGAGAAGAAAAAGCAUCGGACUACGUACGAUCGACCAGCUGCCGCCGCUCCGCCGAAAGAACCACCACAGAAAAUAAUUAUGGCUUGUGCAACAUUGAAACGUGCACUGGACUGGGAGAGCCUGAACCAGAGGCCGUCCAAACGGCGAAGAUGCCAUCCGUUCGGGAGCCCCAGCAGCAGCAGCAGUCCUUCACAAUCCACAGCCGCCGCCUCCAGUUCCGGUGCCUCAUCCUCAGCGUCGGCUGCUAUGCGUGUUAUGGAACCGAAGCCUUCGCCAUUCGCCGACACCGGCUGCCCAAAGUUGACCCCAGAGAAAAUGGCCCAGAAUAUAACCGAAGAAAUCAAAAGACUACACCGUCGGAAGCAGCUCACAUUCCACUCGCAUCACAACAUGGAACGUAUGCAGGACUCUGAAUCGAGCGGAUCCGAGAUGGGCCCGGAUAGCCCACGCCGGCCGGACAGUCCACCAAGCAUGGUCAAGCACCCGGAAAAGGCUUUGUUUACUUUCAAACAAGUGCAAAUGAUCUGUGAGCGAAUGCUCAAGGAGAGAGAAGAUUCGCUACGGGAACAGUACGAUGCAGUGCUGACAACUAAACUCGCCGAACAGUACGAUGCAUUUGUUAAAUUUACAUACGACCAAAUACAGAGACGUUAUGAAGCGGCGCCAAGUUACCUCUCCUAAUCAGCUAGUUAACUUAUGAUGUUAAGCAAGCAGCAAGCAACAGCGUCUAUAAAUGUACAUCCACACAACACAGUAACGUACAGCAACAAAAACACACAACUUUCCCACAACACUUCACAAAUUUCCUUCAUAGGCCGUUUUUUUGCUAUUCAUUUUUUUACUAAAUUAUAUUAAACCAUUCUGCUGAUGCCAUCAUCCGCAGCGAGAAAUACUACAAAAAUAAGAUUGGAAAGACAUGUGAGAAAAUGAACGUGUCCAACGCUUCGACAAGAAGUUUACUUUGAAUUUUGUUGUAUGGACUCUACACAGUAAUUGAAUUUCCAAAUAUGAAUUUAACUUCUGAAUCAUUUUCAAAUUUAUUUAAUACGAAGAGUAUCAAAAUACUAUACAUAGAAGUAAAAAAAAACGUUCUCUGUAACAAAAAAAAAAAAAAAUGACUACGAAUUCUUGAGACAUAAUUGAUCCUAGGGCUAGCUGCACAACGUGGUGGUCAUAUCGUGCUGCCAAGAGUGCCGUUUUUAGUCUUGCUGGUCAAACAGGCUUAACUUAUGGAACUAUCUAUCGUCGGAAGUCAGCUAUAUGAAAGAUGAAUGAAUGACACAAAUCGCGGACUCAGAUAAAUAUAGUUUUAAUUUUGUUUCAGUUGGUCUCUCAAGUAUAUCUAUUUUUCUAGUUUCUUUUGUUCAUCUUGUACUCAAAUAACAAAUCUUGAUACGAUGAUAUAUUCAUUCUUAGUUUAAUUUUUUUUCUUAUAGCAUUCUUUAAAUUUUUGCUAGCAAAAUUUAAUUGAUAAGAGUUUUGUUUGAUUGUAAGUUUGGUAAUAUUUGUCAAUUCAGUUCAAUCUUGUUUCUUUUCAAAAUGCUUCCUUCCUCAUAAAACCUUCUUUUAGUAAAUUUGUUGUCUAUUGUAGAUUUUCUGUUUUGUUGCAGUCAUAAUCACCAACGAUGAAACUUUUGUUAGCGUACAUGUUAAAAUUUAUGUUCUAACACUCAUCAUGCAAUAAUAAAUCGAUAAAUGACAACUGUGUUAGUUUUACUGUUUAUUCUUCUCUUAUUUUCAUCAUUAGAUGAUGUAAGAUCCACUCUGUUCUGUGAGAUAUCCCAAAAUACUUGAAAUAAUCCAGGCAAAUUCCGAAACGGAGUUCUAAAAUCUGCUGACCUCUAUCAUUGUCUCACUAGAACCCUAAGAAUGCCAGAAAAUUAACCUAUAUUAUUUGCGCGAUAGAAAAAAUCAGAAGGUCAAGUGACGAAAAAAACUAAACAUAACAUUAGAAAACACACAACAUAUACAUUUAUACAUAUGGUAUAUAUAUAUAUAAAUAUAUAUUUAUAUACAUGCAGAAAAGAAGACAUACAAUACUGGACAAAGACGUAUGUAACCAGAAGUCGGAAGUAAAAUUGACAAAAUGCAGUAAAAUGUUCAUGUAACAGUUAAGUUUCUAUUUAAGUUAAGGGUAAGUACUGUCAUUAUUAGUAUACUUAAUAAAACAGUAAAAGAUUGAGCGUAAAGAAAACUAAAAAUAGAAAAAAAACACAAAAAUUAAGCUUAUACUAUUAUAUGUAAGAUGAGGUUUAUUCGUAAGCGUUUAUAUACAUAUGUUUUAUAUAAAAAAAAAAAAAUAAGAAAGAAUAUGAUGCAAAAUUUAUUUAAAUGAAAAUUCUAAGGAAUACACAACACAUAGCUCACCCAAACAGCCCCAUGUCAUUGCAGAGCAACUCACAGCAGGCACCUCUUUACUAACAGAAUCCUUAAUAGGUAAGCUGGAAAGCAUUACAUUAUCAGAAGCAACCAACGCAGACAUACAAAAUAAACUAGCUAUAACCUAACCAAAAUGUAGCAGCCUGCAAAAUGAAACCACACAAAUAUAUAUAAUAACGACAUUCUCGAACUCCUCCCCCAGAUAACCCAUUGAACGAGUUACGGGGAGCUAUUCGAUGUUUUAGUCCGGUAAAACAACUCAUACAAAAUACAUAGCAUCAAAAACACGCAGCAUCUAAUAGCCUAACUUACCAAAGCAAACGAAACGAUUAGAGAAAAUGAAAUCAGAGUUAAUAAUGGCAGUGCGUAAGAAAAAUAUAGAAUUGAAAAAUAAUCUAUCUAUUGCCAGUUAGCCGUCGAAGUGCGAAGGUUGCGUUCAUGAAGUUGUAGACCUUCAAACACGCGGCGCGUUCGACAGGACGAACGGCACUUGGCAAUGUUCAUUGCAAUCCCUAAUUUUAUUUGUAUUUCAUCAUUUGACUACAAAAGCUGAAUUAAUGAAAUAGGCAGACGAAACAAGUAGGAAGUAAAAACAUCUCGUAAAUAAAAAUACAAUUUGCUAAGUAUAAACAA